GCAGUUCGGUUCAGUACUCCGUGGAUAUCGCAGGUCUUUCAGCUCUCGCCGGGUUCAGUUCGCUUCAGUUCGGUUUAAGCGUGUUUGGGGAUUAAGUCCUCCUCAAUUGGUGACUUCCUUUUGAUCUUCGGAUUGAUUGAGAUAGUUUAGCCUGCUGCUUGGAAUAAAAAACAUAAACUUUCAAUCACAACUAGCGAUUUGAGGGGAUUAUCCAGCGCAAAACCCCCUACCCCGGGCGUGUCGUUAUUUGCUGAAUCGUUGAGUUGAGGCUGUAAGACAUUCCCCGCGGUUCAGUUCAGUCGGUGAACUCAUCGGGUCCAGAUCUCGGGUGACCAGCAGCCUUAAGGCUUUAAGUCGGUUCUGGUUGCGUGUUGCGUGUGUACUUUACCGAUUUAAUUGAGGGGAUCUUCCACGGAGUACGUCUGAGUUAUACGGAGUCUGACAGUGAAGGGUGAUGCUGCUCUAAGAAGUGUCUCAGAGAUCGGGGGAAAAAGUGCACAACUGUCAGUCCUAGUUCUGGGUCUGGCUAGAGUCUUCACGAGCUGUAAUUGAAAAUUAUUCGCCGCUCAUCAUUCAGUUGAGGUCGACUUCAACUGAGUUGACUGCUGGAGUGUGUGACAUCCUCCAGUAGCUACUUGUAGGAAUCGGAUCAGUGGAAAAACAAGUGUUUUGUUCCGGGCUUGGCGCUGCUUUGUGAAUGUGUAUUUGUGAAUGUAUGUGGGUGGUUAUUGUUUGAAGGGCUCAUGAAGACGGCAUCUGCAGCUGGGUCGAUUUAGUUGAGGCAAAUCGCCCCCGGGAUCGAAACACAUACGCGGGAGAUCCGCAGAAAGUCAGGGGGAAAAUAUAGCUCUAAAGUGGUUUUUGUCGUGUAAUUGAAGUCGUUCCAUCCGGUUAACAGCUCAAAAAGGAAGUGAAGUGCCCUUCCGGUGGCGCGGCGUCUGGUGCCUGCUAGUGAGAAAAUCAUAACGAGGGCAUAAAGCCUUCGGCACACGUCUUAACUACAAGAAAACGAAGCCACUCGUUUGCCUUGUGCUCAAGAGUCUAUGAAUGGUGCUGUGAAGAAAAUUCUCAAACGGCGCCCUUUUCCUUGAUAAGCUGACGAAGUUCUAACGUGUGGAAGAUAAAAGAGUUGCCGUAAAGUGUCGCCGAAAAGUGUGUGUUACAAGGUUGGCGGUUGGAUGCUGCAGGAAACAAAUCAUAUCUUACUCAGAAAAAAAUAAGUCACUGUGUUCCCGGGAAAACGAAACAAGAAAGCAGCAGACAAGUUCAAGCAAUUUGCUGAAAACAAAAAGUGAAUUCAUAGCUCGAGUUUGGCAAGUGUUUGCUGAAGUGAAGUGAAAUCCCUCCAUGAAAAACCACCCUUCAACAGAUUUCCUACGGAGCAGAAAGCAAUAGCUAGUGUGUCCCCUGAAGGAUUUGACCACCCUCAAAAGUCCAUCGACGACAAAGUGAGUAAACACCUGUUGUAGCUGUCUCAAACAGAGAAGCAGGGAUCAGUUUCAAGCCACCCCCAGGAAGAAAAAUAUCAACCAGUGGUCAGAGUGAAUAUUUGUGUCCUACUGUAAAUUCUCGGACCAACAUCAGAGCCCUGUAUUAGUACUCCAGUAGUUUGCGGAAACGGAAGUUAUCCCUGGAGCUCCGGACGGAAAAUCAAAAACAGUUCCCACCGUCCAACAAAAAAACAACCUGCCCCAUCAUUCCCGCUCCGGAGAAUGCACGGUAAUCAUGUGCGACGACGCCGAGCAAAGAUGUCAUCCAGCACCACCAUCAGAAGCGCGCUGGCCACCGUUUUCGCGAUUGCUGUCAUUCAGCGGCUUCCGGCGGCCUCCAUGAUUCCGACCAACCCGGAACAGCAGCAGCAGCCGGCAAUCGAGGGAAUCGUGUACCAAAAAUGCACCGGCCCGGGCGAGGCAGGUCCCUGUCAGGGGUUCGAAUCCCGGUAUCGAUACGACCCGGCGGCCAACAACUGCAGCCAGUUCAUCUGGGGCGGAUGCGGUGGCAAUCUGCAGAACAACUUUGAAACCUACGAGCAGUGCAUGCAGCACUGCGCUAAUGAGACACAAACACAACCGCCGGUUCCGAGUCAGAAUGCAUCCGCCCCGACCCCGUCCACAAGCAGCAACGCCUCAGCGAACGCCUCGGCGACGACCCAGCGAGCCCAAACACCGGAAACGCCGGCCGCCCAGCGAUUCUCCUCCAGCAGCACCCUGGCCCCGGUUCCGGACGAACUCCGAGGGUCCGAGCUCACGUUCAAGGAAACCGGCUACGAGAAAACGUUCAUGUUUGCCAAGAACAACACGUUCAUCCAGAUGGACGGCGACACAAUACAAACAUUCCAAUUAAGAUUGUGCCGGGAAAUUUCGUUCCAGUUCCGGACCCGGCUGCCGCAUGGUCUGUUGCUGUACCACAACGUCAAAACCCCGACCGGCGUCAAACUGGACCCCUACGCCCUGUACGUCAUCGUCGAGAAGGGCCAGCUCAAAGUGGUCCACGUGUUCGGAAACCACUCGACAAGUGUGACCGUGGGCGAGGGCUUGAAUCGAGAUGAAUGGCACAGCGUCAUGGUCCGGAUUGACGUUCACGGCGCCCGACUGAUAGCUCGAGUCGACAACCACAAGGAGGAAGUGUACCUGAAAGGGCUCAACCACGAAACCAAUUAUGGCGUCUCGAUCAAUCUGAUGUCGGUCGUUCUGGUCGGAGGUCUCAGCUCCGAGGAAAAACUGCACGGCGUCAAGUACAUAAUCGAGUCAUUUGUUGGCUGCAUCCGGAAUGUGGUCCUGCGUUCGGGGAAGGCGGCCUCGGAUCUUCUUCCUAUCACCCCUCUGAUAGCCACCAAGCACGAAAACGUCAAGGAGGGUUGCCGCAACAAGUGCCACUCCCGGCAGAAUCUGUGCUUCAUCGGGUCCCGGUGCAUCAAUCACUACUACGGGUUCUCCUGCGACUGCUUCGGGACCAAGUAUGAGGGCGAACACUGUGAUAUUUAUACCGCAACAGUAUUAACACUACGAGGCUCGAGCUACGUUUCGUACCGAAUCUACGACUGGAAGGAUCGAGUUCAUUCAUCGGUCACCCGAAUAAGCCUUAUGUUCAAAACAAAUUACGACGACUCGGCCCUCUUCUACGCGAGUGGAGAGUCCCUAAAACCCCAAUACAUCGCUGCCUCUAUCAAAAACCACUCGGUGUACAUCGAAACCGAUUUCGGAGAUGGCGUCAUGACGGCAACACUGGGUCAAGAUCUGACCAAACACUACUGGCACAAUUUGACGAUUUUCCAUGAUCACAACCAGAUUACGGCCAUCCUGGACGAUCACAUGAAGAUCAUGGAAAUUCCUGGGGAGGUUUACAACUUACUUUUCGAUCCGGAAAUCUACUUCGGUGGCGGUCCGAAUCUUUCCAAACGCAAGGGACUGGCUUCGAACAACAACUUCGUUGGGUCGCUGAAGUAUGUGUUCUACAAUGACGUUUCGGUGCUGUUUGGGCUGAAGAAAGGAAAUCCCAAGGUGCAUUACAUCGGGGUUUUGCAGGAGGAAUUCAAGGAGGUCGAGGUGGAUGUGAUUCCGAUUACGUUUUCCUACGCCAAGUCACACAUUUGGUGGCCCAUGAGUAAUGAGAAUUCGUUGAACUUGAAGUUUGACUUCAAAAGCAGCAAGGCGACGGCAGUUUUGGCGUACAGUGAGGUGAAAACCAGCGAAGGACAUGGCUUUUGGGAGAUCCGCUUGGCUACGGACCGGCUCAGCUUCGACCUGUGCCCGGAUAUCACCAGUAACAUCACCCACAGCACCUACAUCAAGAUCGACAAUCCCACUUCGUGGCAUGCCAUCCAGCUGAGUUACGUUCGAAGUGAGAUCACGUUUGUCGUCGAUUUCCGACAUACCGUGACCCAAAUGUAUGGACUUUCGUUCAACGUGGGUGACAAACUUAUCAUCGGAAGCAGUCUGAAGGCUGCCGCUUCUGGGCUGGUAGGUUGCUUACGUGAUCUCCGAAUCAAUGGCCAGGAAAUCGAGCCUCGAUUUUUGGUCAAGAGUGAACGCGUCGUUGGUGAUGUGUCUUUGGAUAACUGCAAAUACGUGGAUCCAUGCAAGAAACCUAAUACUUGUGAACAUGGAGGAAAGUGUUCUGUUAAAGAUGACGGAAUCAUUUGUGACUGUAAGGAAACUGGCUACAUUGGCAAAAAUUGUCACUUCACCAAGUUCCGGAAGACUUGUGAGGAGUUGGCUCUUCUGGGCUACUCCAAAUCGGACGUUUACUCGAUUGAUAUCGAUGGAAAUGGAGUGUUUCCACCGGCUAGGGUGAAGUGUGACUUUCAAAGUUUGGCAAAUGCUACUAAAACAGUGGUGGAACACAAUCUACCUUCGCAGGUGGAUGUUCGGUCCUACAACGACGAAGAUUUCAGCUUUAACAUCCAGUAUCGAGAGUUCAGCGCCGAGAUGUUGCAAGAGCUGAUCUCCCACUCACUCUACUGCACUCAAUACAUCAAGUACGACUGUAUCAAAGCUCCUCUAGAUCUUCACUCCUCAACUUGGUUCAAAUCUUCGAAUAACAACAACACGGUCGAUUCCCUGGGAGAGGUAAAGAGAGGAACCUGUCCGUGUGCCGUGGGUCGAAACUGCGAGGAACCAAAGCUGAACUGCAACUGCGAUGCCAAUCUGAACCGAUGGCUAUCGGAUGAAGGUUACUUCAAGGAACCCCCGAAUUUAGGCAUCACCCAGAUGUAUUUCCUCCAGCAGCGAGGAGUUUUGGACGAUGAAAGUCAGGGCCGGGUUACAUUGGGACCGCUGGAGUGUGUCGAAACUAACACGCAAAAGUACGUCGUAACGUUCACCACAUCGGCAUCUUUCAUCGAGGUUCCGGGCUGGCGGAAAGGCGACAUCGCUUUCUCGUUCCGGACCACAGGUGAGAAGGCCAUCCUGCUGUUCCAGCCGCCGAUCCGGUCCAACUAUCCGUCCUUCAUGGUGGCCCUCACCGGGGACUACCAGUUGACAUUCAAUUUCACUCUCAACACCGGAACGCCGAAAACGCUGGUCAUCAACACGAACCGGAAGCUGAACGGCGGCGAGUGGCACAAGAUCUGGAUCGAUUACAACGAACAUCACGUGCGAUUUAUGAUUAAUACCGACACGCGGAUGGUCGAUUUGCAGCCGGAAGAGGAAUUUGGCCCAUUCGAGGGAAGCAUGUUCAUCGGAGGAGCGCCGACGGAAAUUUCCAAAAAGUACACCGUCAAGCAGGGCCUAAUCGGGUGCUUCCGGGGCCUGGUCGUCAAUGGGGAAAUCCUGGACAUCUACAGCUUCAUGUCGGUGCACCUGUCGGAAAUCAUCAAAGAUUGUCGGCCAUCGUGUGUGCCCAACCCGUGCAAGAAUGGAGCCCACUGUCGGGAGCUGUGGAGCACGUUCGAGUGUGCCUGCAAGAACCGGUGGGCCCACCUGGGGCAGCAUUGCGAAACGAACAUCAACGAGGAUGCACUGACGUUCAUCAGCCGGGAAUCGUACCUGAAGCGGAACUACAUCAGCGACGCCGAGGAUCAGCGAGACGAACGGCAGAAACUUCGCAGCAUAUUAAAUUCCUCGCUGCUCAUAAAUCUGCGCACCUACGACAGGCACUCAUUCGUCUUGUACGCCAACGAUCACUUCAACAAUUUCAUCCACCUGUAUCUGACGAACGCCAACCAGGUGGUCUAUCUCUAUAACUAUGGGAACGAUAUCGUCAAUCUGACCCUGGAGUAUCCGGAACUGGCCAACGGACGCAGCCUGCAGGUGGCGGUCAUCCGAACGGAUGCCAACACGACACUUUACGUCAAUGAACGGAAUGUCACCAUCGAGCGGGGCCAUCUUUUGCUGGAGGAAUACUCGAACAAGCCCUGGACCAAUCCGGAACUGGAGGUUCUCUCCCCUCACCGUCCACCGGCUCCACCAACGGAAUAUUUCGAGUUCAACAUUGGUGGCUACGACCCGGCCAAUCUGCUGAAGCCCAACUCAGACAUCCCGGAUAUGCAGGGUUACAUUGGAUGCAUCCGGGGCCUGAAGAUCGGCGAUAAUCUGAUAUCACUGAAGGAAAUGGUCCUGCAAAAUAAUGCUCAUGUACCUGAGGGUGUUCUCAACGGCUGUCAGAUGAAGUGCGAUGCCGAACCUUGCAAGAAUGGAGGAAUCUGUACCGAGAACUUCGUUAAACAGGAGAGUACCUGCAACUGCGAGCACACCAGUUUCUUGGGAGAGUUUUGUUCCGAGGAGAAGGGUGCUAGUUUCAGUGGAGAGGCUACGUUGUUGAGAAAGUUUUCGUUAACGGAGCGAGUUGAGCAAAUACGGUUGCAACUAGCUUUCUCAAGUAACGAUAUGCGAAGAGCGAAUCGUGUCAUGUUGUUGCUACAAUCGAAGAACGAUCGCAGCUACUACUUGAUGGUAGCGAUCACCCAAGACAAUCACCUCCAUAUCGAGGAAGAUCGUGAAGGUUCUACGUUUGAAGCGAGGAUCGAGGGUAACUUCAUGGAUGACGCUCGGCACUCAAUUUUCUACACCAGAAACGGAGAUGAGGCUUCGUUGUUGGUUGAUCGACUAGUGAUUCCGAUUAGGCAAGUUGCCAGUAAACCGUUGAUUCAGGUUCAGGAUCCUGGAGCCAAUCACGUUCAGGUCGGCGGAGUCAACACAACGGAUCCUCGGUUCGCUGUUUACAAAAGUUAUGAUGGGUGUCUUUCGAAUAUCUUUAUCCAGGUUAACAGUGACAUCAUGAAACCCCUGGAGGAGUACAUGCUGUUCACCAAAAGCGAAGCUGAGAUGAUCCAUGUCAUAAACCCACAGGGCGUGCGGUCAGCUCAGUGCAAACAGUUCGAUGUUAUUCCCAAGCUGACGCCCUUCAACGAACCAAUGCUCAACAUGACAUCGAGCAUCGACAAAAACUGGGUUGUGGACGCACCGGGCCGAGUUCCGUACGAAGCGAUCAACGUGGAUCUGAACAAGGAGGAAGACAAAACGCAGGUUGUGUUCAUAACCCUGACGGCGGUGUUUGUAGUGAUCGUCAUUUGUUGUCUGAUCGAGGUAUAUCGAUCCGAUCGAGAGUACAAGAAACGGUUGGAACGACAGACCGACGAGGAUAUUAUUCUUUCCAAGGAGCAGGCCACCAAGAUGCAGUCAUCCUCCGGGAGUGGCAAAAAUUUCAACUACAAAGCGGUUCCUCUGGACGAGAAAAAGGAAAACGGAGCCUCCAAACCUUUGGUGGGAAUUUUGAAGAAUGGCAGUGCAACUCCACCCGCAAACGGGGAAAUUCACUUCAAACCCCCGGAGCUGAUCCCGACCGACACUGACGUUCAGCGGUUGGUUGGAUUCAGAGACAGCCAACUGAUGGACCACGAACCCCAGUGGGAAUCGCUGGUGGAGGAAGAAGAUGAAGGCUCCGAAUCGAGCCCGACAAGAGGCCAAAACGGCCAACAGCAGCGAAGGCUGCUGCAAAAUGGCAAUGGAACCGUGAACGGUGACGAUUCCACCGAUGGAGCACUCCGCGGAGAAGGGAAAGAUGGAGACGGUGACAGUGACGCGGACACUGCCGAUCUGCUCGACUCGGCCCCGGUGAAGGAAACGCCGGUGUCGGAAACGGUCAAAUCUAACCCAUCCCGAAGCAAACCAGCCAAAUUGGUCCUGUUUGCAGACGAAGUUUCACCCUCAUCCCAAGCUUCGGUGCCAACGACACCCGGACCCGGUAGUGGAAGUCCCCUGGUGGUCAAUGGGCUGCGAUCCCGAGGACCUCGGCAGGUAUCCUGGGGACCUCCACCGGCAGCUCUCGUUGGCCAGAAACCGCUACCAUUCAAAAUCGACGAAGCACCCGAAUCGCCAUCGUAGCUGACUGUUUACUUUUGAGUGUGUGUGACUGUUUCUAUUUUUUGUGAAAUGUGCUGUUUAUGGUUUAAGAAGAGGGCGUGGCUAACACCUUGUUAACUAUUUUUGAAGGGCGUGUGUUUGGUUUGAGUGUUGGCGUUUUUUUGUGUGGGAUUUUCGAUCUCUUCCUAGUAAAUACCUUACGAAAAUAUCAAUUGGAUGAUCCACAAUACGAACCACGUGGUGACUGUUCAUUCAUUUUGUUUCGUGCUUUAAAACCUAGUUCGUAGACCUUAGCGAAAGAGAAAAACAAAACCAAGCUAGAAAAAUAAAGAUGAUUUAUACAACAACCCAUUGGAUUUUUAAAUGUGUUUCAUUCUUCGUAUACUGUGACUAACAACUUCACCAUAUCACCUAGAACGUCCCCCACCCGGCAGCCAAACCGUCGUAAGUGCCAAGUGUCCACGUCGUCCUGACGGAAGGAUCCUCCCGCCGUCGUUCGUCCAACUCGCUAGAUCAUUCUUUCUAACCAAAAACUCCUCGCUCGUACACUCACACUUGAACACACCACCCUUAAACGCUCACCAACACAC